AUGGACGACGUAAGGAUAGAAUGGAUGAAGCACGUGCUGUACAACGCACUGCAAAUUACACAGGAUGAAGUCUUCAUUGAUUUCCUCGAACGCGAUGACAACGCGAAUGAACUUGCUCUGAUUAAGUUUCUAAAUGACACACCAGAAGAUAGGUUUCAGGCCUUGAUAUUUUACACAACUUACUACGAGGAGCUGGUGGAAGAGGUGAUUCAGGUGGUACACAAAAAUGAAGCCUGUGCACUUGAUGAAUCACUUACGGAGCAGUACUUUUAUUUCAUCCGGACGUCCAAGGGUUACUUGCCACACCCACCCAGUCUAAGCCAGGCAACAUCCGAGAUGCUGUUGCAUUUUGAGCUUGGCUACCUUCGGGGAAAUCUAUUACAGCUUCUUUCGCAUCUAAUGCGUACCGUUUUUGAGCCAGUUCUCCUUUCUCAAAGAAGACUAGGUGCGAAGCGUCAGGAGCAGCAACAGCAGCAACUGAAGCAUACUUAUUUGGAAACUAGUAAAGAAUCAGAUCAGGAAACAUCCCGAGUCUCGGAAAAAGAGCUAAACAAAACUCCGCAGGAGGAGUGGCUUCCAGACAGAGAUGAAUUCCUCCUGGGGAUGCGGAAGUUCAUCCAGUCCAUAGAAGUAACCCUAAGCCAACUUCAGAGUGAUGUCACUCUGAACGUAUCCGACCUGGAGCUGAUAGGCACCGAUUCAGAAAUUAUUCACAGCAAUAUGUUUUCGAAAAUUGUCUCUAUGGUGAUAGACUGGUGCGAUCAGAUUCAACAAAUCAUCCGUGGUCUGUUGGCCAAAGUGCCAAGCGGAAGUGGCCCACUCGGUCUGAUCGACUAUUGGAAAGAUCGUAAUCUUAUCCUUGGCGCACUGGCUGAGCAAUUAAAAAGGCCACUCGUGAAGCGGAUUUUUAAACUUUAUUUCCUUGGUGAAGAGAUUCAAACAAUCCCAGAACUAGAAGCCAUUCAAAAGUUGUAUUCAGAAUCAAAGGAUAAUGUCAAAUUGCUAUCCCUGCUGGAGCGGUACUUUAAGACACUUACUUUCGGAACCAGUUUCACUGUCAUCGCAGAUACCUUGGAACCUUUAAUGCAAGCUUUGCAUAUGAUUUGGGUUCUUUCUCGAUACUAUAAUAAUGAUGAGAACAUGGGAUCUCUAAUGGAGCGGAUCGCCGCAGUGAUUUCGGAACGUAUCAUUGCCGGAUUGGAUGUUCCCAAUCUGUUUCGAAAUGAUCUGUCAAAUGCCGUUGAACAGUUGAACGGAGCAAUAGAAUUAUGUGAUCGAUGGAAGGCGGUGUACUAUGAAAAGCGUGCUGACAUUGAGGCCAAAGGUAGAGAUGCCCGGUGGGAAUUUGAUAAAAAGCAACUAUUCUCCAAAACUGAUCAUAUUCGUGAAAUUUGCUGCCACAUGCUAGAAGUUGUCACCGUGUUGCAGGAAUUCUGCAACGUCUUGGGAAGCCAACUAAAGUCUGUCACUCGAGAAACAAAGCGAAUCGAUGAAGUUGCACAUUGUGUAAGAGAACUGAUCGUUCCAUUCAAAGAGUUAAAUUACGAUCCAAUGCAACUUGAAAACUGGCAGGAAUGGACAAAAUCAAUAAAGAAUUUCCGUGAGCAGGCUAGAAAUAUUGAGAGCGAGGUGAAGGAACUUAUCAAUGAGGCAUUUCAAUCUCUUCGUUCUGCAGAAGCUGCUAUGGAAGUUUGGUUAAAAUUUCAAAGCAUCAACACACGAGAGUCCAUAGGCAAUCUGCUUCGUGAAAAGUUUGUGAAUAUUUUGGAACAAUAUGAAAAAGAGGUCCUAGUCAUUCACAAAGCUUUUGCCAAUGGUGCCAGAAGACCACCUGUCGAUGAACUCCCUCCACGUUAUCGCUGUUCGACCCCAAUAGCUGGGGCGAUCAGAUGGGAGCGGCACUUGCUAUCAUGCAUCAAAAGACCCAUUCUCCGCCUUUUGAGACUCAAAGAAAUGUUGCAAUCUGAGAAAGGCAAGCAAGUUAGAAAUCUUUACUUUGAAGUCGGUCGAAAAAUGAAAGCUUAUGAAGACCAGCUGUAUCUGGACUGGGCCAAUCGAUCGGCUUCAACGUUCAAUCAAUAUCUGGAACAAACUAUUCUCUGUUCGCGUAGGACACAGCUAGAACACCCGGAUGAAAUCGCCGAACUUGCAAAGGAAUCUAUAGAUGAGAUGAAAAAUGAGCAAUUCACCUCCGCAUAUAGAAUUACGAAUUCCGAACUCGUUGAGUGUGAUUUUGUUGUCAAUUUCGACGAAGUUUUAACUCUGAACGCAGCCGAAGCUAAGCAGCUGGAGGUCCUUGGAUUCAAACUGCCCGCAGUAGUCGCAGCCGUAUCCAUCAAGAUUGAUACUUAUGCCAAACAGAAAGAACAACUUGAGGCAAUAGCGAGAACGUACUUCAAACUCGUUUCCAACCUGAGUCCUGUUGAAAUCAAGAUUUUGGAAGCCCAUCUAGCUCAGCUGCGUAAAGUUCUGAAGCCAGGAUGGGAGAUCCUGAACUGGAAAAGCUUGCACAUCCAAGAUUAUAUUCAGGAAGCCAGCGAAAGUUUGCAAAAGUUUUCAGCCACUUUAAGUGCAAUUCACAAGACAAGGGACAAUAUUGAGGCUUUUCUUGGUACCGUUUUAGCCGCAAAAAUCUUUCCUUCACCCCAUCCAGUCUCGGAUAACCAAAAACCGGCAGUUGGGUCACUGAUGACUUGUAAGGACUACUUUGCUUACACAGCAAUGGAACGUCAAAAGCAGUUUGCAGAGUUAGCAGAACAACACCAUUCACUUACUCCAAUAUUGCAAAAACUGGAAGGAGUGAUUACACAAACCAGUACGGGGUCACAUCCAAUAAUGGCACCUUACUACGCACAUUGGGAGAGACGAAUAUUCGAUACUCUUUACGAAUUAGCCCAAGUUGAACGGUGGAUGUGCAAACGAAGAAGUAUCAUUGAGAUACACGAGAAAAUUCUUGAGACGGAAAACAAAUUGUCCGAUUUGUGCGAUAUGCCUUACGAACGUCAACUUGGUUGUAUUCAAAUUCGUGUCAGGCAGCUUAUUCACAACAUCAAGGAGCACAUGCAAAAAUGGACACAAGCUUAUGCCAAACAGUUACAUCUUGUUGGGCAGGAACUACUCGUUGGAUUGCAAGAAGAGUUCAAGCAUCGUUUUGCCGAAAUGGAUAUGGAUCCAGUGACCCCAGAAGAACUGAAGUACAUUCUUCAAACACUGUACGAUAUUCGGCUGUCCGCUAUGGAUGUCGACUUUCGUCUCAACGACUUGAGCGAAUGUUAUCGUUUACUGCAAAUUCACAAAUUUCCACUAACUGAAAAGAAUAAAAAGGCUGUCGAUGAAGUUGUGAUAUCCUGGAACCAAUUGAAAGAAAUGGCCACUAAAAAAGAGUUAGAUCUGCGCAAAGUGAGACGAGAGUUUGCCAGAGAAGCAAAGAAAAAUAUCAGCGAUUUCGGAAACAUGGUGAAUACGCUCAUUGAGCGUUUUGAGCAACACGGGCCAGGAACAAUGGCUGACAAUCUAAGUAUGGGAUUGAUCACCUUGCAGAAAUUUGGUGAGGAACUUAGCGUACUUGAAGCUCGCCGACAGGAGUUAGCUGCUGCAGAGAAACUGUUUGACUUGCCUAUUACUCCCUACCCACAACUCCUUCAUCUGCAGAUGGAACUUCACGAACUUGCACGGCUGUUCACUCUGUACGAGGAACAAAAGGCUGCACGUGACGAGUGGGCACAGACGUUAUGGAAGGACUUGAAUGUUCAAAGUUUGCAGCAGGGUAUUGAAAAUUUUCUCAAGAUGUGGCGACAGUUGCCAAAAACUGUUCGGACGCACCCAGCGGGUCGUGCGGUGUACGAAAAUAUGCGUGUGUUUCGUGACUCUUUGCCGCUGUUUCUAGAUCUGAAACAUGAGGCGCUUCGAGAAAGGCACUGGAAUGAACUUAUGCGCAAGACGGGACAGUCGUUUGAUAUCAAUCCAGAAACGUUUACGCUGGCAAGUAUCUUUAACCUGGAUCUCUACCGCUACAAGGACCACAUUUCUGAAAUUGUGGCUGUAGCGACUAAAGAACUUUCAGUCGAAAAGUUCACCAUAACCACCUAUGAAAAGGGUGGUAAGAAGCGCGGUCACUUAUUGGGUUCUGUGGACGACAUAUUACAAAUUCUGGAUGACAACACAAUGAAUUUGCAAUCGAUGGCAUCCAGUCGCUUUAUUGGCCCGUUCUUAUCGACUGUGCAAAUGUUGGAAAAGAACCUUGCUUUGGUUAGUGAGGUUCUGGAAUUAUGGAUCAUAGUUCAGAGGAAAUGGGUUUACUUAGAAAGCAUUUUCAUCGGUGGAGAUAUUCGAACACAGUUGCCAGAAGAGGCAUCAAAAUUUGAUGCAAUCGACAGGCUGUUCAAAAAGGUUUGUCCGAAAGCUCUGUUUUUAUUUGUCUUCCUAAGCAAAGUUUUGAUCGAAAUUGUCCACAUUUUUCGUUCUUCAUCCAAGAUGUUCGACAACAUUGGUUCGCUGCGUUUCAGCAAGCCUAGAAAUGCAAAGACCGAAGUCACUGCAAUGGUGUCCACCGAGGGCGAAGUCCUGGAAUUCCGCGAACCACAGGUGACUGUCGGUAGUGUUGAGAACUGGAUGAAGCUGGUUGAAGCGGAGAUGCGCAGAACCAAUCGUCUGAUAACAAAAGAAGCAGUAUUCUACUAUCGGGCAAAUGUGUCCAGGGUUGACUGGAUGUUCAAGUAUCAAGGGAUGGUGAUACUGGCAACCAAUCAAAUCUGGUGGACAUGGGAAAUAGAAGACGUUUAUCGCAAAAUGGCUCAAGGAAGGAAAAAUGCAAUGAAAGAUUACUCACAAAUGUUGCAACAGCAGCUCAAUGACUUGGUUUUACGGGUUCGAAGUCCACUUUCUAAAAAUGACCGUGAUAAGUUGACUACAGUACUGACCAUUGACGUCCACGCCCGUGACAUAGUGUCUGAUUUCGUUCGAGAUAACGUUACGGAUGUGCAGGAAUUCGCCUGGGAAUCCCAACUACGUUUCUACUGGAACAAGCCUUUAGAUGAACUGGUUAUUCGUCAGUGUACUGGUGAAUUCCAGUAUGGUUACGAGUACAUGGGUCUCAACGGACGACUUGUUAUCACCCCACUCACAGAUCGGAUUUAUCUGACUUUAACACAAGCCCUGUCAAUGUUUUUGGGAGGUGCACCUGCAGGACCAGCAGGAACGGGAAAAACGGAAACCACAAAAGACUUGGCUAAAGCCUUGGGUCUUUUAUGCGUCGUUACUAAUUGUGGUGAAGGCAUGGAUUACAAAGCGGUGGGUAAAUUGCUCUCAGGUCUGUGCCAAUGUGGUGCAUGGGGUUGCUUCGAUGAAUUUAAUAGAAUUGAGGCUUCUGUUUUGUCAGUCAUUUCGACGCAGCUGAAAGUUAUUCAAACCGCUCUGAUCAACAAUGCAAAACGGCUUUUAUUCGAGGGAGCAGAAAUAUCCCUGAUCAGACGUGUGGGAGUGUUUAUCACGAUGAAUCCUGGUUAUGCUGGUCGAACGGAACUGCCCGAAUCGGUGAAAGCUCUGUUUCGACCGGUUGUUGUGAUUGUACCAGAUAUGCAACAGAUUUGUGAAAUCAUGUUGUUUUCCCAAGGUUUUUUGUGUGCAAAGUUACUGGCAAAGAAAAUGACAACACUGUACAAACUUGCACGCGAGCAGUUGUCGAAACAGUAUCAUUAUGAUUUUGGUUUACGAGCAUUGAAAGCCGUGCUUGUCAUGGCUGGUGAUCUUCGAAGGAACUCUCCUGAAUUAUCAGAGGACACAGUAAUCAUGCGAGCGUUGAGAGACAUGAAUCUGCCGAAAUUUGUUUUCGAAGACGUACUGCUAUUUUUGGCAUUGAUUCAAGAUCUAUUCCCUGGCUUGGACUGUCCGCGGGUCCGCUACCCGGAUUUCAAUGACGCUGUAGAAUACUGUUUAUCCAACCAGGGCUAUACACCCAACGAGGCACAGGCAGACAAGGUGGUACAGCUGUACGAAACAAUGAAAACGCGCCACACUACAAUGGUAGUUGGGCCGACAGGAGGGGGAAAAUCCGUAGUCAUUGAAAUUUUGUGUCUCGCACAAACACAUUUGGGGUUGACUACAAAGCUUCACGUUCUGAACCCAAAAGAUAGAAGUGUCGUUGAACUGUACGGCAUCCUGGAUCCAAACACUCGAGACUGGACGGAUGGACUUCUGUCCAACAUCUUUCGUGAAGUCAACAAGCCGACAGAGCGUCAGGAAAGACGAUACAUUCUGUUUGAUGGCGAUGUGGAUUCGCUUUGGGUCGAGAAUAUGAACUCAGUUAUGGAUGAUAACCGUUUACUCACAUUGGCGAAUGGGGAACGAAUUCGUCUCCAACAGCAUUGUGCUUUGCUGUUUGAAGUUGGUGAUUUACAAUACGCUUCACCGGCUACCGUAUCACGGUGUGGAAUGGUUUACGUGGAUCCAAAAUACCUUGGUUACGAGCCUUUUUGGAAAAGAUGGGUAUGCGGACGAACAAACCCGACAGAACGCGAUGCCUUGGGUGAACUGUAUGACAAAUACGUGACCCUUCUACUUAGUCGUAUUGUUGAAGGCAUUGCAGACGGAAGACAGGUGAAGAGGUUACGGCGAGUGGUGCCACUCACAGAUCUGAAUUUAGUAGUUCAGUUUUGUCAUGUGCUUGGAAGUCUUCUAAAAACAGAUGAAUUUACUCCAUUUGCAAACGUUGAAGCAACAUUUUUGUUCUGCCUCUACUGUUGCUUUGGGGAGGCGUUGGUGGAAGAAGAACGUGAAACUUUUGACUCCUACACAAAAUACCUCAGCAGUCUGCCUGGACCCGCAGAGCCAGAAACUCCAAGCCGACCUGCUCGAGCAGGUGAACUCCCUUGUGCUGAGAAGUCACUAUUUGAGUACUAUUAUGACACGAGAAACGCUGUCUGGAUCCCUUGGAAACAACUGAUUCCAGCCUAUGUGCACGACAAAAAUAAGCGAUUUUCUGAGAUACUUGUGCCAACCAAAGAAACAGUUCGUAUCAGUUGGUUACUGUCACAAUCUUUACGAAUUAACCGACCUCUCCUUCUCGUUGGACAUACUGGCACGUCCAAGACAGCCACAUGUCAACACUUCUUGCGUGAGCUCGAUGAAGACAAAUAUCUGGUCCUUGCCGUCAACUUUUCCUCUCGAACAACCUCUUUGAAUGUGCAACGUAACCUUGAGGCAAACGUCGAGAAACGGAGUAAGGACACGUACGGUCCGGUGGCAGGUAAACGUCUGCUCAUAUUUGUCGACGACCUAAACAUGCCUCAAGUUGAUCCCUAUGGCACACAACAACCGAUUGCUCUACUAAAAUUGCUUGUGGAACGAAAAGGGGUUUAUGAUCGAGGGAAGGAUUUAAACUGGAAACGGAUGAACGACCUGGACUAUGUAGCUUCUAUGGGUAGCCCAGACGGUGGACGUAAUGAAGUGGAUCCUCGUUUCAUCUCUCUUUUCUCCGUACUAAAUGUUUCGCCACCCGCAGAAGACACUUUAACAAGGAUAUACGAUUCCAUAUUAGCAGGUCACUUGGCUGAAUUUGAUGCUGAUAUCCGAAAUGCAUGCAAGAAGAUCACGCAACUGACUCUGGAACUAUUUAAGUUUGUCACUGUUCAGUUGCCACCAACCCCAGCAAAGUUUCACUAUGUUUUCAACAUGCGGGAUCUGGGCCGCAUAUACAGUGGUCUUUGUUUGAUGACAGUGGAUCGGUUCAACCGAGCUGAGCAGCUGGUUCGCUUGUGGGUGCACGAAGUUCAUCGCGUGAUAAUGGAUCGCCUUAUCUGUGAUGUUGACCAACAAGUGGUUCGAGGUUGCAUUUCAGAUCUGCUGAAAGAGCACUUUAGUGACUGCUUUGAGUACGCCACCAAAGAGCCACUUUUGUUCGGUGAUUAUCAGAAUGCACUUGACGAUAGUGAAGUUAGACUGUAUGAAGACUUGGUGGACUAUGAGAAUUGUCGAGAGAUAUGUCAGCAGAUCCUUGAAGGAUAUAAUGAAGCAGUGGGUAAGUUACCCAUGGUGUUAUUUGACGACGCAAUCAGUCACCUAACACGAAUCGAGCGUGUGAUUCGCAUGGAUGACGGACAUCUGCUUCUGGUCGGAGUGGGCGGGUCUGGUAAGCAAAGUCUCGCGCGACUUGCAGGUUUCGCUGCCGGUUAUGAUCAUUUUGAAAUUCAAUUGUGUCGUGGCUAUGGUGAGCGGGAAUUUCGGGAGGAACUAAAAGUACUAUUUCAGCGUCUCGGAAUGGAAAACAAACGAACGGUUUUCAUGUUCACUGAUCAACAUGUGGUCGAAGAAGGUUUUCUUGAAUUGAUCAACAACAUCCUUACGACUGGGCUAGUACCAGCUCUGUUCGCUGACGAUGAGCGAGAUUCGAUCAUCAACGAGUUGAGGGAAGAAGCUGUGGCUUCCGGAUAUACCAGUGCUCGCGAAUCGGUUUGGCAAUACUUUGUUCGCAAAGCAGCAAGAAACCUACACGUAGUUUUGUGUAUGAGUCCAGUGGGUGAUACUCUGCGCACGCGAUGUCGUAACUUCCCUGGUGUGGUGAACAAUACCACAAUCGAUUGGUUCUUCCCGUGGCCAGAGCAAGCACUUUAUGCUGUGGUUCGUGCGUUCAUCUCGUCGGACUACACUUUGGUGACACAGAAGUAUCGAGAAGCGGUCAUUGAUCAUGUGGUUACCACGCAUCUCAGUGUGCACAAAUACACAGAAGAAUUUGCCCAAACGCUGAGAAGGAACAAUUUUGUGACUCCGAAACAUUAUUUGGACUAUAUCAACACGUACAAAAGGACUCUUGAGGAGCGCGACAGCUACACAAAUGCUCAAAUCAUUCGUUUGGAGAGUGGUCUGCAAAAAUUAACUGAAGCAUCUUUGCAGUUAGUAGAUCUGAAUAAAAAACUGGCUGUGCAGCGCGUAGCCGUAUUGGAGAAGACGAAGGCUUGUCAGGCGCUUCUCGGCGAAAUAACCAGCAGUAGUCAGAUGGCCACCGAAAAGAAACAGUUGGCGGUGAUUAAAUCAAAGGAAGUAGAAAUUCAGUCAAAAGAAAUUGCCGUAGAGAAAACUGAAGCUGAGUCAGCUCUGGCGGAGGCAUUGCCAGCCUUGGAACAAGCCCGACUAGCACUGGAUGAACUUGAAAAGUCGGAUGUAACAGAAAUUCGGUCAUUUGCAAAACCACCCAAACCCGUGCAGGUUGUGAGCGAAUGCAUUUGCAUAUUCAAGGGAUACAAAGAUAUUUCGUGGAUGACUGCGAAAGGUAUGAUGGCCGAUACGAAUUUCCUGCAAUCGUUACAAACAAUGGAUGUGGACAAUAUAACCGCUAAACAGUCGGCUAUAGUAAAAGAUUACCUUGAUCGAACGAAAAUUACGGUGGAAGAAAUGAGGAGCGUGAGCAAGGCGGGAACAGGGUUGCUGAAGUUUGUCGUUGCUGUCCUAGGUUAUUCUGAAGUUGCCCGUGAAAUAAAGCCAAAGCGUGAAAAGGUGUCAAGAUUGGAGAAGACGUUUAUGCAGACCAAACGAGAUUUGGAGAAACUGGACACAGAAAUACAAAGCCUGGAGGAGGAACUGAAGAUUCUGAACCGUCGUUAUGAGGACGCUAUGACAGAACGGCAACAGAUUCAGGCUGAAACUGAUCUGAUGGAACGUCGACUUCGUGCAGCGGACAAGCUAAUGAGCGGACUAGGGUCAGAACAAAUACGUUGGGACCAAGACCGGAAGGAACUUCUAGAGAAACGAACCAGGUUAUUGGGUGAUUGUUUACUUAGUGCAGCGUUCCUGAGCUAUACAGGUGCGUUCUCUUGGGAAUUUCGGACGCGUAUGAUCUACAGGGAUUGGCAGUCAGCCCUCCUCGAGCGAGCGAUUCCUCUUAGUCAACCUUUCAGGCUAGAGGAUGUUCUGACCAAUGAUGUAGAAGUGUCCAAGUGGAAUUCCGAAGGGUUACCUCCAGACGAACUGAGUGUCCAAAACGGAAUAUUGACAGUCGGCAGUUCAAGAUUCCCAUUAUGCAUUGAUCCACAAGAACAAGCUUUGCAUUGGAUUUUGAACAAAGAACAGCCAAAUAACUUGAAAGUCGCCACAUUCAACGACCCGGAUUUCUUGAAACAGCUUGAAUUGUCUGUGCGCUAUGGAAUUCCGUUUUUAUUCAAAAAUGUGGACGAGUAUAUCGAUCCAGUAAUCAAUAAUGUAUUAGAGAAGAACAUCAAAGGCGAUAAAAACCGACAGUAUGUCAUUCUUGGCGAUAAGGAAGUAGAAUACGACCCAAAUUUCCGGCUUUAUCUGAAUACGAAGCUGGCCAAUCCUCGAUAUGGUCCAGAAGUCUUUGGAAAAGCGAUGGUGAUUAACUACAUGGUUACAUUGAAAGGACUUGAAGACCAACUCCUUAGUGUGAUUGUUCAGUCUGAAAGAUGCGAACUGGAGGAACAGCGAGAAACACUAAUUCAAGAGACAAGGGAGUUAGCCACGAGCACAGGAAACAUGCUUGAUAACGUGGAGCUUAUCAAUACGCUGGAAGAGACGAAGUCCAAGGCAACUGAAGUUGCAGAAAAACUGGCCUUGGGGGCUGAAACGGCAGUGGAUAUCGAUAAACUUCGUGAUGCCUACAGACCAGCAGCCCGGCGUGGAGCUCUUUUAUUCUUUGUCUUAUCAGACAUGUCUACUGUGAAUGCAAUGUACCAAUAUUCGCUUGGAGCUUACUUGGUCGUCUUUAAAAACUCACUAAAGCGCAGCAUGCCUGAUAUGCUACUGAGGCAGCGGUUGAAUAACAUCAUCAAUAGACUGACACAAGAUGUCUACACAUUCGCCUGCACAGGCUUCAUUAAUCAGCGUUAUGUGGUUGGAAAUGCUAAACCAAGUCGUCAUGACGGCGACCUUGGCAAUAUCGUGUCACAAGACUGUGCUGUUCACUUGAACAUAUUCAAGUUUUCACUGACGGCUGAUUGGUACAACAAGGACGCGCCUGAAAGUAUCCACAUGCCUGGAAACUACUCCAAAAAUCUCCGAUGGUUCGAACGUCUUUGCUUGCUUCGUUGUUUUCGUGUGGACCGCAUCUACCAAGCCAUCAGGUUGUAUGUGACUGACACAAUGGGAGAACGCUUCGUAACUCCGCCAAUCCUCAGUUUUACCUCCAUCUACGAACAAAGCACUCCCAUGACCCCCAUAGUUUUCAUUCUCAGCCCCGGGUCAGAUCCAACAGGUGAUCUACUAAAACUUGCCGACCGUCAGGGGUUUGAUCAGUGCAACAUUAAAUUCUUGUCAAUGGGCCAAGGACAAGAUAAAAAUGCACAAAAUUUGUUAGAGGUUUGCAUUACUCGCGGUCAUUGGUUGAUGCUACAAAACUGUCAUCUCUUGGUUAAAUGGCUGAAGGUUCUCGAGAAACGUCUGGAAAGAUUGACUACACCUCAUCCGGAUUUCCGACUGUGGCUUACUACAGAACCGUGUAGUGAUUUUCCCGUAGGAGUUCUUCAACGUUCUCUCAAGGUGGUUACUGAACCACCAAACGGACUAAAGCAAAACCUACUAUCAACUUACCACAAAAUUACGCCUUCGACUUUGCUCGAUUGUGAGCAUCCGGCUUUUCAACCACUGGUCUACGUCCUGGCUUUCUUCCAUGCAGUCGUACAGGAAAGACGAAAGUAUGGAAAAAUUGGCUGGAACAUCCCGUACGACUUUAACGAAUCAGACUUUCGAGUAUGCAUGGAUAUACUUCGGACUUAUUUACAAAAGAGUUUUGAAGAAGAAUACAUUCACACUCUGCCAUUGGCCAAUACCCCAGAAGUGUUUGGAUUACAUGCAAACGCUGAAAUCGGAUAUCAUACCCGUGCGGCCAAACAGCUAUGGAAUAGUCUAAUUGAACUUCAACCACAAACAGCGGACGAACCGGGUGCGACCAGUCGCGAGGCCCUACUUGAUCAAGUUGCCGGUGAUGUUCUCCACAUUCUGCCUGAACCGUUCGACAGGGAACAAAUUCGAAAAACGAUGAGUGCUAGUAUUCCACCUACUUCGGUGGUUCUUUUGCAGGAACUGGAGCGCUUUAAUCUACUAAACCACCGCAUUAAAAACAGUCUAGAAAUGCUGAAACGCGCCUUGGCCGGAGAAAUUGGCUUGUCUGCCGAACUCGAUGAUCUUGCUCGAUCUUUAUCCAACGGACAGCUUCCACUAUUAUGGCGUCGACUGGCACCGGCCACACUAAAGUCUUUGGGGAAUUGGAUUCUUCACUUUCGAGAGCGUAUUGAGCAGUAUAAAAAAUGGGUUGAAAAGGGUGAACCGAAUGUAAUAUGGUUAUCUGGAUUACACAUUCCGGAGUCUUAUCUAAUGGCACUGGUUCAAACAACUUGUCGACGUAAUGGCUGGCCUUUGGAUCGAAGUACCUUGUUUGCCACUCUUACUGAUAUUCCCGAUGAUGUUGAAGUUGCCGAACGUGCACACCAAGGCUGUUUCGUUCGUGGUCUCUUUCUUGAGGGGGCCAGCUGGGAUAUGGAAGCAGGCUGUCUCAUUCGCCAACACCCAAAGCAGUUGAUUCAGCCACUGCCGAUCCUCCGAGUCAUGGCGGUGGAGACGCAUCGGCUAAAAGUACAAAACACGUUCCGUGCUCCUGUUUAUGUGACAUCAGACAGGCGGAAUGCCAUGGGCGUCGGACUGGUUUUCGAGGCCAAUUUGCAAACUACCAAACAUGCAAGUCACUGGAUUUUGCAGGGAGUGUGUUUGAUACUAAAUACUGACUAGGUAAUUCACCGAAUUUCCGCUAAUUCUGUCACUGACGCCUACUGACUUUUGAUAUGCGGUAUAUGUGUG